UUGGAGCCCGUGUUCAGGCUGCCUCCGACUGGCACUCAUGAGCUCUCCCGCUGGAGCUCGCUCACGCUCUCUCUCUCAGCCUUCAGAGCUGAAACCUACCUGACAAUAUCUCUGCCUUUGAAUCCAGCUCUGGAACCAAAUGCAUCAUUUUUCUGCUCUUAAAAGUGAAUAGAGUUUGAUUAUUUCAAGCUACAAGCUGCUUUGCUCCAUAAGAAGGACCCAAAAGGAUCCAGACACCAUUGCUUCUCAAUCUACCUGAAGAGUUUUUGCUUUCUUGCCUGAAACUUGAUAUUGGGAGGGAGUUUUUGGUUUGUUUUUAAUAAUUGGAGUGUUGAAAAUUCUCUUACUAAUGCUUGAAAUGGAACCUAAUUUUUAAAUAUGGGUUGAGUCAGAUCUAAAGGAGACAUGCUUCACCAUUUCCUACAGGACUGACCAGGGGAACAUCUAGAGGGAACUGGGUAGGAGAAAUGAAAUCUGAUUUGCAACAGCCAUGCUUUGUUUUGAGAAAAUUAUCAGAUUCACUGAGAAGGAAAAUUAAAUAUUGACCAAGGACAAUGUCUUUAUUACUCAGUAACUUAUCAACAAAUGACUCUAGCCUGUGGAAAGAAAAUCAUAAUUCUACGGAUCUUUUAAAUCCACCAGGAACUCUGAAUAUCUAUCUUUUUUGCCUGACAUGUUUAAUUACUCUUGCAGCCCUGGCAGGCAGCAUUUAUUCACUAGUUUCCCUGCUGAGAAUGCAGAACAGAACUGUCGUGUCCAUGCUUGUGGCUUCCUGGUCUGUGGAUGAUCUCAUGAGCGUCCUGUCGGUGACCAUCUUCAUGUUUUUGCAGUGGCCAGAAGAGACCCCUGGCUACUUCCAGUCUCUGUGCACCACCUCUGCCUUACUGUAUUUAUGCCAGGGCCUCUCCAGCAACUUGAAGGCGACUCUGCUAGUCUCCUACAACUUUUACACGAUGCACAGAGCUGUGGGGAGCCAGAUAGCCUCCAGAAGAUCCGGCCAGGUGCUCGGCGUGGCGCUCACCGUGUGGGCAGCCAGUCUGCUGCUCUCUGCGCUCCCGCUGUGUGGCUGGGGCGCCUUCGUACGCACGCCCUGGGGCUGCCUGGCAGACUGCUCCAGCUCCUACGUGCUGUUCCUCUUCGCGGUGUAUGCUUCGGCCUUUGCACUCCUCGCGGGCUUCUCCGUUCCUCUCAUUCACCGGUUGCUGUGUUCGGAGGAACCGCUGAGACUCCACGCCAACUACCAGGAAAUUUCCCGUGGAGCUUCCACUCCCGGGACACCUCCCACUGCGGGGAGAGUGCUUUCCCUGUCACCAGAGGAUGCUCCGGGCUCGGCCCCGCGGCGCUCUGGGGGAUGUUCCCCGAGCUCCGACUCUGUGCUCGGACCGGGCGUGCCCGCCGCCGCUGGAGCUGGAGCCUGCAGGCGUGCGAACCGGGGGACGCUGUAUGGCAGCAGGAGCUUCACCAUGAGUGUAGCGCAGAAGCGCUUCGCUUUGAUCCUAGCGCUGACAAAAGUCAUCCUUUGGCUGCCUAUGAUGAUCCACAUGGUGGUCCAGCACGUAGUGAGAUCUCAGAGCCUUCCCUUCGAGACACUCAGCUUUCUACUCACCCUGCUGGCCUCCACUGUAACCCCAGUGUUUGUCUUGUCCAAGCGCUGGGCCCACUUGCCCUGUGGCUGCAUCAUCAACUGCAGGCAGAACGCAUACGCAGUGACAUCCGAUGGGAAAAAAACCAAGAGGAGACGCUUUGAAUUCAAUCUAUCAUUCCAACAAAGUUAUGGGAUUUAUAAAAUAGCACAUGAAGAUUACUAUGAUGAUGAUGAAAAUUCCGUAUCCUAUCACAACCUGAUGAACUAUGAGUGUGAAGCUACAAAAGACUCUCAGAGAGACAACCGUAAUGUCUUCAAUGCCAUAAAGGUAGAAAUCAGCACCACCACCUCUUUGGACAGUUCCACAAUAAAAGGCAUCAACAAAUGCACGAAUACUGAUGUUAUAGAGACUAAACAGGAUUCUGACAAAGAAAAGGAUGUGUUUUCUGACAAAACAGGAGGUGAUAUUAACUAUGAAGAAACCACCUUUUUUGAAGGGCCAGAAAGGAGACUAUCUCAUGAGGAGAGUCAGAAACCAGACCUUUCAGACUGGGAGUGGUGUAGAAGUAAAUCAGAAAGAACCCCACGUCAGCGUUCCGGCGGUGCCCUUGCCAUUCCCUUGUGUGCAUUCCAGGGGACUGUGUCUCUCCACGCACCUACAGGAAAAACUCUAUCUCUUUCUACCUACGAGGUAAGCGCAGAAGGGCAAAAAAUAACCCCAGCCUCUAAGAAAAUAGAAGUCUAUCGAUCCAAAAGUGUUGGCCAUGAACCAAACUCAGAGGAUUCUCCCUCCACGUUUGCGGAUACCAGUGUGAAAAUACACUUGGAGGUUCUUGAAAUUUGUGAUAACGAAGAGGCCUUGGACACUGUGUCAAUCAUUAGUAACAUCAGCCAAUCCUCCACACAAGUCAGAUCUCCAUCCCUACGCUACUCACGGAAAGAAAACAGAUUUGUUUCAUGUGAUCUAGGAGAAACAGCCUCAUACUCCCUCUUUUUACCCACAAGUAAUCCUGACGGUGAUAUCAACAUCUCCAUUCCAGACACCGUUGAAGCUCACAGGCAGAACAGUAAAAGGCAGCAUCAAGAGAGGGAAGGCUACCAGGAAGAAAUCCAGUUGUUAAAUAAAGCUUACAGGAAAAGAGAGGAAGAAAACAAGGGUAGUUAGUGAUCAUUUGGUCUAAAGAAAGAAUGGCUCCACAGCAACUUCAAACGGGGAAACUAACACCUUUGUUGUGAGACUGAUUUCCUUUCAUUGUUUAAGCUUUACUGAUUUAGUUGUUAAUUAUUUUUCCUGUGAACAGCUAGAACUAGUGCAAACACUUAAGUGCAUUUGAUGUGUUACCUAAAGAUCACACACUGUGGUAAUUAAAAGAUUUUGUUUCUUAUCUGA